ACAAUAAAAAGCUCCAAGUCUCUCUAAGUCUAAGCUUUACCGCGCACGCGACACAAGAGGGCGUCGUAAGUGGGAGGAGGCGUUUCCAUGUCGGAGGAUGCAUACAAGAACAAGAAAGACGUGUGAGAGGUGAUCUUCCCAGCCUUGUGUCUCCGCGCUUGGAUACACACACUGCGUACGGAUGUAAGAAGGUGGUUGUUUGUAUGGAUGCACGUAAAUACAUGCAGAUUUAGGACCCUGGCCUGAUGGAAAAGAGAGACAGGAAGCCUGGAUAUUUUGCCAGGCUGAAGAGGCGGAAACAGCUCAGGGGGAGCCAAUCAGAGAAGACUGUGAAUGAACAGAAUCCGGAAAUCAUCUCCUGUCCCGACAUUCCAAAUGAUAGUGACGCCAACAAAAAGGCAGAGCUACAGAGAGCGACAGGAAAGCCAGAUGAUGGCUGUAAAGUUACCAACAAGGCAAAGAUGGAAAAGACAAGGCCGCCGGGGACAGUGGAGUUCGUUGUGGGACGUGAUGAUUCCCUCAACAGCAUCGCACUCAAGUUCAACAUCACCCCAAAUAAACUGGUCCAGCUGAACAAGCUGUUUUCUCGCAGUGUCUACCCAGGGCAGAAACUGUUUGUCCCUGAUGUGACUCAGUCAGAAACUGAACUCAAAUCUCCGACUUCCUCUGAUCCCAUCGCUAAAAACGUGUCAGAGAAGUCAUCACAAUAUGGUGUUCCAAACUGUAGGUCAGCAACGGCCCUUCGCCGUGAGCUCUCCCCAAGCUCUGAGGACGAGAGUCCGUUAACGGUCAAAUUCAUAAAAAUGAGCUGCAAGUACUUCACUGAUGGCAUGGGUGUUGUUGGAGGUGUGUUAAUUGUGACGCCCAACAACAUCAUGUUUGAUCCGCACAAGUCGGACCCCCUGGUGAUCGAGCACGGCUGUGAGGAAUACGGCCUCAUCUGCCCGAUGGGGGAGGUCGUCUCUGUAGCGCUGUAUGACGACGUGUCGCGCAUGAAGCUCAAGGACGCGCUGCCAUCAGACCUACCCCAGGAUCUGUGUCCUGUGUACAGGCCCGGAGAGUGGGAGCAGCUGCCAUCAGAGCAGGAACUAAACCCCUUCAGUCGCUAUGAAGCUCUGGAUCCCAAACGACCAAUAGUUCUGGAUGACAUUGAAUCAACCCUUUCUGAAACUGUGAGUACAGUGGGCGAGCAGACGGAGAAGUCUCCAUCAGAUGAAGGCUUUACCGAGCUGGAGCCAACUGUCAAUGGGAGCACAGACGAGGCAGAGGGGACAUCCUGCAGAACACUCAACAGAGACCAACAUGAACUCCUAGGACAGAGUCCAGGCCAGGGAGACCAUAAGAACCAAACUCAAGGGAAGCUGGAUGAUGAGGAAGACGAAGGUGUUGCUCAGAACACCUCCAUCGAGGAUGGAGAGUCGAUACGGUCCUCCUUAGAGGCUGAAAAACAGGGUGACUUGCAUAAUAAACCUACAAACCAGAUGGUAACUGAAACCAAAGACGCAAAAUGUGAAGGAACUGAAAAGCUGCUAAACGGUGUUGAUGAUAAAAUAACAAGUGCACCAGUGGACCAAAGCAGGAGGCAAAGUCUGAAGCAGGCUUCAGAGGUUGAUGAGAAGUCUGGCCCAGACAGACCAGCAGAGGAGGACGAACUCAGUGAGGAGGAGAGGCAAAAGAAAACCUAUGAGUUAGAGAUGAAAUCCUGGCUACUGAAGAGAAUGCAGGCUCCAAUAGAAGAGAUGCUUUUCUCAUCAGAGGAGAAGAGCAAAAACCCACCAAUGUUCCUCUGCUUCAAAGUUGGGAAGCCAAUGCGGAAGUCCUUUGCCACCUGCAUGACCUCAAGCCCCGCCCACUCAUUCGGGGGCCGAGAAAAGCAGCCAGAAUAUUGGUUUGCUGUGCCACAGGAAAGGGUGGACGAUCUGUAUGCCUUUUUCGUUCAGUGGUCCCCGGACGUGUACGGGAAGGAGGCUCGAGAGCAGGGCUUUGUUGUGGUGGAGAAGGAUGAGCUGGACAUGAUUGAUAAUUUCUUCAGCGACCCUGCAUCUUGUAGCUGGGAGAUCAUCACCCUUGAUGAGGCUAAACGUAGGCAGAGUUUUGGCAGUAUCGAUGGAGACUUCUCUAUGGAUGCACUGCCCAUGCUCAUUGAUACAAGUGAUCUGCUGCAGGAUACACACAUUGAGAAGCUGGCCUGUCGUUUGCCUGCCCGUGUGCAGGGCUAUCCAUGGAGACUGGCCUACAGCACAGAGAAACAUGGGACCAGUCUGAAGACUCUGUAUAGGAACCUUGCAGAUGUUGACAGUCCUGUGCUGCUGGUCAUCAAAGACAUGGAUAACCAGAUCUUUGGGGCAUUUUCAACUCAUCCUUUCAGAGUGAGCGAGCACUGCUAUGGCACAGGAGAGACCUUCCUCUACAGCUUCUGUCCUGAAAUCAAGGUGUACCGCUGGACAGGGGAGAAUUCCUACUUUGUGAAAGGCAAUACUGAUUCACUGCAGAUGGGAGGAGGAGGUGGUCAGCUGGGUCUGUGGCUGGACGCCGAGCUAUACCGAGGGACCACCACCAAAUGCGCCACCUUUAACAACCAGCCACUGUCCUCCCAGCAGGACUUUAACAUCCACAGUCUGGAGGUCUGGACCUUCGAGUAAACCCAUCUUCUCAAACUACAUUCACUCUCCCUAAAACCUUUAACAUCACCCAUUUCUAUUAUGCACCACUUGGAGGCAAACCUAGCUACCCACAAAUGACGCUAAAUGUUCUGUGAGUGAAGUUCAGAAGCCCCUCAUGGAGCCGUGUUGACCGCCGGCAGCGCUGUCGGUCUUCUGUAGCCUGUUUUUGAGGUGGGUGUGUUCAGCAGGUAGGCUGGCGAGUUUGUCUGGUUCACCGUCCGUUUAGAGGUGAAGAUGUAAGAAAAUGUUUUUUGCUCUUGGUUCAUUGGCUGCCUUAGACAUCAGACAAAGCCUCCAGCUUCCCCCAGCAUGCAGACUGCCUUACCACCAUAAGCUUGUGAGGAGAGAUUGAAGGUGAGGAUAGCUGCUUUUUGUCUUUUUCUCAUUGUUUGUUUUGACCCAUGUUGCUGUGAGGGCUAAAGAAGCCAAUCUGCUGACGAUACUAUUGAGGUGAUCCCUAUAAGAGCUGAUUUUUAAGUCUGUGUGAAAGAAAAAGGAGUCCGACAAUACCACAUGUCUAUUUGUUAAUAAAUAAUUGUUAAUAUAAUUUGUAUUUUGAGGAAUGUACAGAUGUGUGUACUGAAAGUAUUUUGUGGCUUUUUUUUUUUUUUUUUCUUCAAAUGUUCAAAUCACUCGCCAUCAAAUUCAGUUUGGCUGGAAUUGUUUACAGUGAAAGAGUUCACUUUCUGUGAAGGACAUCUUGCGAACGCUGUCUUUAUCUUUUUAUUUUGAGUUUUUUCGGGUGAAAUGAGUGAAUUCCUCACAACUGCGCACAAUGUUGGCAUUCCCUGUGUCCAGUCCAAAAACCGCCGAAGGAGCCAGGAAACACUUGCAAUGACCAAAUAUGUUCUGUUUAAUUAAUUAAAUAAUUUCAUAUUUGUCGUGCGCUUGUCAUAUUUUAUAAAUAUAUUUUUGCAUUCUGGUUUUACAAAGAAUGUUUUGCUUUAUUUUUACUUCUUCUUUUUUUUUUCUCUCUCUGUUGACUUUUGCCAGUAUUGAAUUCCUGCCUCUAAAUGAGUAAUGUAGACUCUUAUUUGUGGUCUGUGUUGUUCAGAGACUUGCAGCCAGUAGAAGUUUAACAUGAUGUCACUUUGCACUGCAGGAUAAAUUGACGGCCCGUGCUGUGUUGUGCCCUGAAGCUUUUCUACAAUGUAAAAUUGUUACUGAAUGUCACUACAGGAGGGAAUCCAGCCUCCUUAAAAAGGGAUGGGAAAGGGAUACACUUUUUUUUUUCCUUGCACAUUGAUAUGCCACUAACUAAACAAUCAGAUCUACUAACACAGGAUGGAAAUGUCCAUUUAUUCCCUCUGUAUCUGACACAGGCUUGUAGUGCAUGAAUAUGCAAUACUGCAAACGUCUGACACCACUGACAACGAUCCCUGCCGUACUAGUCACUAUAACGCUGGUUAGCGCUUCAUGUUGAAUUGAGCUUGGUUGUCGUCGGCUGUUCAGUGUUGUAGCUGUGAAGUAUUAUUUCUUGUGAAUCCAAAACUGCUGUGUUCUGUGAUAUCAUGAUCUAUUUAUUGUGUUGUCACUGCAACUACAUUUAAAAUUAAAUAAAUGUUAAAUA